AUGUCUGAUGAUGCUGAAACCACAGUAGUUCCAGCUACUGCUGGAAAUGGAGUCAACUUCGACCCUAAUCACCCUUACUUCCUUUAUUCCUCCGAUUCUCCUGGAAUGAGUCUAGUAAAUGCUGUCUUCGAUGGCAGAGGUUUCCAAGGCUGGAGGAGAUCUGUGUUGAUAGCCCUCUCAGCAAAGAAUAAGAUGGGAUUCAUCAAUGGUAGUUAUCCAGCACCUGCUGCUACCUCAAAAGACCACCAACCAUGGAGUAGAUUGGAGAAAUCACAAGAGGAUGAGAUGUUGAUUCAAUUUCUCAUGGGGCUGAAUGAAUCCUAUGGUCAAGCAAGAGGAAACAUCCUAAUGAUGAAUCCUUUACCAAACAUCAACCAUGCCUACUCACUCAUUCUUCAAGAUGAGAAUCAGAGAGAGAUAUAUGCUAACCCCCUAAUAUCCUCUGAUUCUUCAGCUUUCAUGGUAGGAAGUCAAGGGAGUUUUUCAAAUCAAAAAAGCUUUUCACAAAGAAAUGGAAAGCAAAGGGUUGCUACUCAAUUUCAAAGGAGUCAGAAUGGUUUUCAGAGAUCUGGGAAUCAAAGUCCAAAACCACCUACUACUAAGGCCAAGAAAUCAAAGUUUAAUCCUAAUGUGACCUGUAGCUACUGUAAGAAAACAAGACACUUAAUGACAGAUUGCUACAGAAUUAUAGGGUUUCCUGAAAACUUUGAGUUCACAAAUGGGAAAAUAGGUCAAGGACCUAUCAGAAGCAAUAGAGCCUUCUCAGAAGAACAGGGAGGAGAUGCCAACAACAAAUACAAUGAUGCUUUGGAACAUUACUUGUCUAAGGACCAGUUCUCUCAGCUGAUACAGUUAAUAAAGCAAGUCAAAGUUUCAGAUUCAGGAAGUUCAAACUCAGAAGUAAAUGCAAAUGCAGUUGUUGGUACAAUUGUGAAAUACUCUGGAUCCUGUUUUUUAGUUUUUAAUGCCAGCACUUGGAUAAUAGAUUCAGGGGCCUCUGAACACAUGUGUUUUGAUUCAAAUGCUUUUAUUUCACUUACCCCUCUCCCUGUGCCACUGCAGAUUAAUCUCACUGAUUCAUAUAGGAUAACAGUCACUCACAUAGGAAAGAUAUCCAUUCUUCCCAACUAUGUUGUGGAGAAAGUUCUCUAUGCCUCACUAAUGAAGAGUGCUCAAGUUUUUGGUGAAGCAAGAGAGGGAUUAUACCUAUUGGAACCUACUGCUAUCAACUCUAGGAAUAGUGCUAAAGAGAGUGUAGCUACACCUUUUAAUCAUAGCGAUUCUGUUCAGUUUUCAGCACCUUUUCCUUUUUCUGCAAAUGCUAUUUCUGAUGUAAACCUUUGGCACAUUAGAUUGGGAGGAACUUGGACAUUUCUAAUAAGCACAAAGAGCAAUGCAUUUGGGCUGUUGAAAAAUUUCUUAGUCAUGGUUGAAAGGCAAUUUGGAGUCAAGGUGCAAAAGCUAAGAACAGACAAUGCUUUUGAACUUGGGAGAGGAAGUCAAGAAUCUGCUUUCCUUGCUUCACAGGGAGUUCUUCAUCAAACAAGUUGUGUUUCCACCCCUCAACAAAAUGGAAUAGUUGAGAGGAAGCACAAGCAUCUCCUAGAGAUUACAAAAGCCCUAUUAUUUCAAUCAUAUAUUCCUAUCGCUUAUUGGGGAGAAUGUGUACUAACAUCUACUUAUUUGAUUAACAGGUUACCUUCCAAAGUUCUCAAGGGAAAGACACCUCUUUCUGUAUUGUUUAACCAACCUACAUCCUAUGAUCAACUCAAAAGUUUUGGUUGUCUAUGCUAUGUGUCUACCUUGUCUAAUGGAAGAAGUAAGUUUGACCCUAGAGCAAAAGCUUGUGUGUUUUUGGGUUAUCCUCUAGGACAGAAGGGAUACAAAUUGUUGGAGUUAGACACCAGAAAGAUUAUUGUAUCUAGAGAUGUUCAUUUUGUUGAGGAUAAGUAUCCUUUUGUCUCUAACUCUGUUCCCUCUUUUCCAGAUUCUAUAUUUCCCAUACCUUCUCAAAUGGAUACUGCCUACCCUACAUCUCCACCAGUUUCUCCUUCACUAAAUACACACUCCCCAAUUCCCUCUAGUGAACAGCCACCUCAUGAUUCCAAUUCACCAAGUCCCAAUAGCAGUACCCAGAAUUUUCCCUCUUCUGUCACUCCAGUUAAUUCCCAAUCACCUCAGAUUGUUCAUUCAUCUGGAAGCAAUCCCUCAUGUAGUCCUCAUUCACCUAGGAUCAAUUCACAUGAACAUGUCUUAACACCACCUGCACCUAGAAGAUCUGCUAGAGAAACUCAAUGGCCAAGCCAUUUCAAGGAUUUCAUUUGCAAUAACAUUUUUCUCACUCAGUUCACUGAUUCUUGUCUAACACAACCUACUAAGCCUAAUGUUUACUCUUUUAGAGCUUUAUCAGCACAUCAUCAAGUCCAUUUCAGAAAUACAAGAGCCUGUUAG